CUUAAUGCCUUUAAUGACGCCGCAAUUAUUAUUACAAUAUUUUUUUUAAAAAUUCUUUUAGAUUUUUCUGGUUGUCCUGAAUCAUGGAUUGACUGUGGUAAUGGUAAAUGCGUUAGUGAACUGUGGCUUUGCGAUGGAGACAAUGACUGUGGAAAUUUUAAAGAUGAAGAGAGCUGUGGCAGUGAAAAGCCUCAAGCAAUAUGUCUUUCAAGUCAGUUCCAGUGCGCAGAAGAUCGUACUUGCAUACCUAAAACAUGGAAUUGUGAUGGAAGUAAUGACUGUCCAGAUGGAUCCGAUGAGAAGAACUGCUGUAAAAAAAAGAUGAUUACCUGCCUAGAUGAUGACUUUCAGUGUUUAAAUGGACGAUGUGUUCCUAACAGAUGGAAGUGUGAUAACAAUGAUGAUUGUGGUGACAAUUCUGACGAAAUUGGAUGCCUCCAUCCUGAAGCUUGUGAUAAGAAUCAAGUGCGUUGCUCAAGCGGAGAAUGUAUAUCUCUUAUUUGGAAAUGUGAUGGUGAAAGUGAUUGCACAGAUGGAGGCGAUGAGGAAGAUUGUGAUAAAACUACUUGCAAUGGCGAGACGGAUCUCAGAUGUGAGGAUGGUCAAUGCAUACCUAAGUUUUGGACUUGUGAUGGCACGUCAGACUGUAGGGAUGGCACGGAUGAAAAGAACUGCUCUUCCAAAUCAAUGUCCUGUACUGACAAAGAGUUCCGAUGUCAAGAUGGCACUUGUAUCGAUGAGGUACUUGUUUGUGACCAAAGACAAGAUUGUCCAGAUGGGUCAGAUGAACGAAAUUGCACUAGGUUAGCAUGCACAGAAUUCAUUUGCGAUUUAUCUGGUAAAUGUAUUCCGUGGACAAAAACCUGCGAUGGAAAUGCUGAUUGUACAGAUGGAACGGAUGAAGGACCCCUAUGCUAUACGGCAUGCAGAAACAAUGGGAAUUGUUCGCAAAAGUGCAGUAAAACUCCGACUGGAUCAAAAUGUUCUUGCAAUUCUGGCUACGAGUUAAUGGAUGACGGAGUUACUUGUAAAGACAUUAAUGAGUGUUCUAUGCCAGGAUACUGCAGCCAGCUUUGCAACAAUACGAUAGGUGGUGUCGAAUGCAGCUGCGUUGAUGCAUACGUCUUGACGCAAGAUCGCAGAAAAUGCAUGCCAAAUGGCGGUCAAGCGACUUUAGUAUAUCUGCUAUCUGACUCAAUAGGAGGACUUCAGAUGAGCACUAACUAUCAUACAAUGUUCUAUAGCGAUGAAGGUGGGGAUAUGCGUGGUUUGGACUACGAUGCAGAGGAAUUCAAGUUUUUUUGGACUGACUGGAAACUCAGCACUUUGAAUAGUUAUGCCCCAAUAACGAACGAAAGAAUCACCUUGCUAACGACCCCCAUACGGCCAACAUCCGUGAAGUGGGACUGGUUGACCAGAACUUUCUUUUAUACCAAUGAUGAUGGGUCUAUAGUUGCCUGCAACGAAAGUGGUAAAUAUUGUGCAACAGCCAUACUAAAUGCAGGUUAUUUCAGUAGCGGUUUUGAUAUAUCACCAAAGAACGGGAUAAUGUUCUGGAGCAUAUGGAAUGUUUUUGCACGGUCCCAGUGGGGAAUAAUAGAGAGAGCAGAUUUAGAUGGAAGUGAGAGAGUAGUAAUAGUGACGAACGAUUUGUAUUUUCCAUCCUGUGUAACUGUCGAUGAAGUAACAGAGAGAAUUUACUGGGCAGAUUUAAAAACCUUUGUUGUUGAAUUUGCUGAUUUUGAAGGCCGUCAAAGGAAAAUUCUGCUGGAAAAGGGGCAAUAUAAACCACUAAGCAUGGCAAUCUUCGAAGACUACUUGUUCUUUUCAAACUACGACAACAAUACAAUAUACAGAUGUGAUAAAUUCAUUGGCGAAGACUGUAUUCCAGUUCACUCAAGCAACGUAAAAGCAAAUGCCAUCAUGAUAUUUCAUAAAGCAAAACAAUCUAAAGGUGAAAAUCGUUGCUCUAACAAUAAAUGCCAUCAUUUAUGCCUACCCAACCAUUCAGGAUCAUCUUGCAAAUGCUCUGAUGGCUACGAACUCAUUAAUUCCACUUGUUCUUUGAUAUCAACAAAUACUUACCAAGUGCACGAAUCACCAAGUACCGUGGAUACUAAUGAACACCACGAAACUUCAAUUGCUAAAGAGAGUGAAGUUACACCUGCUUCUACCCCUACGACAGAAACGAAUGUCAUACGCAUUUGGGGAAAACAUUUACUGCCAGUUAUAAUAGGAAAAAGAGAAGACUAUAUUUAAGUUUGAAAUUGUUUUAAGCUUUUCCUCUGUAAUUUGAUCUUUUUCUCAUUAAACUUUUAUAUAUUUGCA